GGCUUGAGAGACUAAGGAGGUAGAAGUUCACUAAUAAGCUUAGAUCUAGUAGUCUUACCUGGAGCAGAAUAUGAAAAAUAAGCGGAAUUCACGUGGAGUUGAUCCACGCCCACCUUCCUCACCCACAUGGAGUAGAAAUGGAAGAGUCUGCUGGAGUUUCUGAUACAGGAGAAGGGCUAUGCUACAAGCAGAGGCUAGAGAAGUUUACUGGAGGGGAGGUGGUGCUCAUGCAAUGGUGUCCCACUAUGGAUCUACUUGCAAUAGCCAUGGCUGAUCAUUCCGUGAUAUUGCAUAGACUGUCGUGGACGCGUGUGUGGAGUGUACCUCCAUCAGAAGCAGACGUGAGGGCUCUAGCGUGGAGGCCUGAUGGUAGAGUGCUUGCAGUGGGCGGUAGUGAUGGCUCAGUGUGUGUGUACAGUGUGGAGGAUGGGAACGCUCUGCACAGGUUCUCUGCAGGUGCACCAGUCACACAUCUCUCGUGGAGACAGCUGGAUGAUAUUGAUUGUGGGGACACUAAAUACGAGCAAAACUGGACCAAAAUAAUACCUCCAUUGCCAGCACUGGAUGCAAGCUCAGGAAGUUUCGAGAGCAGUCUCAAGGAAGAGAGAGAUAAGCAUCCAUCAGACCCUAAACAGUUGAAGACUCGAUCUAAUAAACUCAACCUAUUGCUGAUUGGUGAUGAGGCUGGAAGAGUCACUCUGAGUGUGUCUGGGAUAUUCCUAUCAGCAUGCAUUGAACUAGGAAACACAUCAAAGUCCCUCAGUCAUGUGAUGAGCACAUGGUUGUCCCAAGACUUCAAGGAUCUGUGCUGUACUGCACUGUGUUCCCUUCCACCCAAUAGGACAGAGCUGGACCUCUGUGUGCAAAUGACUAGCACGCCACUGUUCUCAACCAAUCAGUGUGAGUUGCGACACACUGCUCUCAUGUUUGGUCAGAUCACCGCUCUCCUCGACUAUAUCAACUCUGCCCUCAAGUCAAUGUAUGAAGCGUGGGAGGAUCUACUCAUCACCAUGGACACCAAACUAGCUGCCUAUGCCACUACAUUGCCUGAGGGUCAGACGGUGGGGGAUGAGCUUCUGGUAUUGCUGGCAUGUGGGAGAGCACGGAACGAGUUACAGACAUUUCUAAUUGACGAACUCAGUGCAGUUGGUGUGAAGAAGCUGGGGUUGUCUUUAGAGCUCUCGUACACAAACAUCCGCAAGUAUCUUCUCUGCUACCUAAACUGCAGUAUACAGAGCUUACUCCUCCACUUGACUGAUGUACUGGGCAUGUCGCGAUGGACUGACAAGUUUGGAGCACUCGGACUCUCCGAGGACGCUGUUCAAAAAUGUAUCAAUCAUUUGGGGACGUUUGCUCUCAAGGCACAAGAAUUUCUUUUUGCAAUCGAUCGAUCACUACAAAGUACUAAGACAUUCUUUGUCUGGCUCUACACAACUAUACUGAAGUUAUCUUGUGAACCUCUCCCCAAGGACUGCAAUGAGAGUUUGACACCGGAUGAGCUGAAGCUGAUGAUUGACUUCCUUGGGAAGCGACUCAGAAGGUCGGCCAGUGGGGAGGGAGACUCGCGGACCUUUAACCUUGAGGUCGUAGGUCAAUAUCUGGUGGAUGAAGAUCUUGUGUACGUAGAGGAGAGUCCACCAACACGAUGGGAUAAACUUGUAGAGGCAGCAGAUCUCGCUUCUGAGCCGUGGAUAUUUAAACCAAAUCCCAAGAAAUCACUCGUUCAGUUGUUUCAUACACUACACAAGAAUAUUGACGAAACAUUCGCACAACCAAUGGCACACAUGGAACAGUCCUUCACCUCUAAGCCCACAGUCAACCUCAACCAUUACCAGCUUCAAAAAGAUGUUGGAUCAUCAUCACUCAUCCCUCACCAACUAUUGGCCAACUUUGUCUAUGAGGACAGUGUGUUCGUGUUCUACCCCUCUCAACUGAGUGAGAGCAGCUGUGGACAGGGAACAUGUGAUCUCACCCUCCAGUCAUGUGAUGGCAGUCGUAAAGGAUGGUUCCAUAUUAGUGAAGUGCCCGCCUUGAGCAAAGAUCAGGACACUAAACAAAAAUGCUGUAUAAUGAGUCUGCUUCCGUACAAUGAAGACACUCUUUCGGUUCUCUUUUGCUACCUCCCUUGGGAGCAGCCACAGACCACACCCAGUCCAGAAAGCUCGCCUGUUCCCGAGGGAUCUGAUAUCAUCUACCAUCACGCUGUCGGACAGCUGGCCCUCGAGGCUCUCGUGAGCUGUGUGCUUUGUGAGGGUGUGGAGAGUAUGGAUGUGGGGGCGGUGUUGACGCAGGUGUGUGCCCUGGGGCCAUUCAAGGCAGGAAGCAUGGCCGUCAGUGGAGCAAGGAAAGUGGCUGCAGUGUUGACUGCAAAUGGAAGAAAGAUUCGUUUGUUUGAUGUGGAUGCAGAAGAAGAUGAUGAUGAUUGAUAAUGAACGGACAUACAUCAUACAAUCAUUAGCUAGAUAAUUAUUGCAUUUAUAAUAUUAUCAUGAUUUUGCUAAAAUGGAACAGUAAACAUUUCAUUAACGACGAUUUUUGCUUAUUAGAACAACAACCAUUAUACCAUGA